UAUGGUUUGCUCCCACUGAUCCUUUUGUUUGCGGUGAGCGUGCCAAGUAAUUUAGGCACGGCCGCUGGUUGUUGCGAGUAGUGCAAAUGGGCCAGUCACAAAGUGACGAGCAUAGCGAGGCAUCCAGCACCAGCACCUUGGAGGACGAAUAUGCGUCGCUGAACACCACGGAGCUGCAGGCCUUGGCCGUUCAGCGGGGCUUACCAGUCCCGGUCGCUGCGGAGAGGGCCUUGCUGCUGCCGCUGCUGCGAAGCUAUGACAUCGGACGCCGAGUCGGCAGUGGGGGUAUGUGUUCUCGCACUGUGAGCCAUGAGAGUGACCCUCUCGCUGGGCGAGGUUCCAGCAAACAAGUUUGCUCCUCGGUGCUCUCGGUCUUGCAGAAGAUUCGAGAUGCGCCAGGCCACAUGGGCUGCGACAUCGGCGGAUCAUUGGCCAAGAUGGUCAUGGCCUUUCCCGAAGAUCAAGCAGAACAAGCAGAGAUUUUUCCAGAGAAGUUCGGUACUUCAGGACGUUGUCAUCGACACUUGCAGAUGACAUUGAAGAACGCGGAUCAGAGCUUUUUGCUAACCUUCCUGUCUGGUGCCACCUCACAGCUGGAGGAAGCGGUGGCGCACUUGGGCGACUGCCGGCGCCAGGCCUCGGAAGGCCACCUGGUGCGCCUGGCCCAGCUGCGCGGCAGCGCCGAGCGGGAGCGGUCGCCGAUGUCGCCGGGGCGCGAGAGCGAGGACAGUGAGGGCAGGCCUUUUGCGCGGACGUUUUCCAGCUGGUCCGAUGAAGUCUUCACUUCUUCCAACAAAGCCCACCGUCGAAUGGCCACCGCCGGCGGCGGCGCUUGUAAAUUUGCUCCCCUCUUCCGGGAUGCUUUGCGCGUGGAGUUGGAGCCCGUGCGGGAGAUGCGAGCCAUGGUGGAUGGUUUCCUUCUUUUGGCGCCCAGUGCUUCCCUGGGCACGGACAGCACUGGCGGCAGCAAUGAGUUGAGCCAUCAAGACAUCUUCACCAUCAACGAGGACGGAACGACUGUGUCCAGACCAUGGCCCGAACCGCUUUUUCCAUUGAUCCUGGUCAUCAUGGGUACUGGAGUCUCGGUCCUCCGUGUGGACUCAGCACAGUGUGGCGACUUCGUGCGUGUGGGCGGCACCGCCUGCGGCGGAGGCACCUUCCUGGGCUUGGCAAGGCUUUUGACCUCGGCGACGAGCUUUGAGGAGGCCCUGGAGAUGGCGAGCUGGGGGGACGCUUCCAAUGCAGACAAGCUUGUGAGUGACAUCUACGGAGAGGAAGGGUGCUCCACGUUGGGGUUGCCGGGGAACUUGACGGCGUCGAACUUUGGAAAGCUGGGUGAGAGUGUUGAAGGAUGCUGCGAGAACGACUUGGCACGUUCCUUGUUGCAAAUGGUCACUCAGCAGUCAGUUCUGUUGGCCUCGGCUCACGCCCGCCUUGCUGGCUGCAUCAACAGGGUGUUCUUUGCCGGUGGCUUCGUGGAUGAGAAGAACGUCAUUGCCCGCAAGUCCAUCGCCCUGAACUUCCGGAACCUCGGAGGCUGCGCCUAUUUCCUGCGCCACUCUGACUUCCUCGGCGCCCUGGGCAGCCUGCAGGGCGCCCUCCGCGCCGCCGGAGGAGAUGCUUCGCCCAAGUGACGUGAUCAGACCUGGCCAGCCGCCUGGCCGGGCCUGGGAAAGCCAAAGAUCCAAAUGACAAUUAGAAACCGCCACAUUCCAUCGAAUGCUCAAAUUCCUCGGUC